ACUGUACACGUAAAGCGAAUAUCUUUGUGAUAAAAGAACGGAGUACAAUCUAGGUCAAUUCAUUAUAAACAAUCCAGGGAUCGCUAGCUUGCUGCAUAAUAAUCAGCGCAGAUAUGCACGCGUCCUCCCCCUGCGCUUCCCCGAGCGACGUGACCGAUUACCCUAUUCGCCCUAGCCUGCUGUGUGUGUGGUGUUGUUAAUGUUCCUCACAGUUGCUUCUACCAGAAAAUCGCCGAUUUACUAGGCUCACGGUUCUUAUCUGAGGAAGGAAGAUGGCAACUCUCACUAAUAAGUUGAUGGACAUGGUCGUUGACCAGUUGGACGAGAUAUCACCAACCAAAGUGACCAUCGUUGGUGUUGGUCAAGUGGGCAUGGCUUGUGCAUACAGUAUAAUGACACAGAAUAUAGCUAGUGAGAUAGCGCUUGUUGAUGUGAUUGCUGAUAAGUUAAAAGGUGAAGUAUAUGACAUGCAGCACGGUCUUGCGUUCGUCAAGGGAUGCUGUGUAAAAGGAGAUACAGAUUACAAAGUAACGGCUGGAUCAAGACUAUGUAUCAUUACUGCUGGAGCUAGACAGAGAGAUGGAGAAAGCAGACUUAAUCUUGUUCAAAGAAAUGUAAAAAUAUUUGAAGGUAUUGUUCCGAAUCUGGUUCGCUACAGUCCAAACACAGUACUUCUAGUAGUGUCCAAUCCUGUUGAUAUUCUUACAUACGUUGCAUGGAAACUGAGUGGUUUGCCUGCUAAUAGGGUCAUAGGUGCAGGGACAAACCUCGACACGGCUCGCUUCCGUUUCCUCCUCGGAGAAAAAUUGGGUAUUGCGCCCUCUAGUGUUCAUGGGUAUAUCAUUGGAGAGCACGGUGAUUCUAGUGUUGCUGUCUGGUCAGCUACCACAGUAGCUGGAGUAAGUCUUCAGAACCUACACCCUGAGAUAGGAACUCCUAAAGAUCCUGAAAAUAUGAACCAAGUUCAUAAAGAGGUCAUAGAUAGUGCAUAUGAGAUCAUCAAGCUUAAAGGCUAUACCUCAUGGGCUAUUGGAUUGAGCUGUGCGACAUUAGCUUCUGCUGUGUUAAGGAAUCAGAAAGGAGCAUAUGCUGUUUCUACAGUUGCUAAAGGAUUCCAUGGUAUUGAACAUCAAGUAUUCCUAAGUCUCCCAUGUAUUCUUGGUCAAGAUGGAAUCACUCAUGUUAUAAAGCAGACAUUGAAUACCAAAGAACAGGCUCAGCUUCAAUCCAGUGCUAAUACCUUGUGGGACAUCGCCAAAUCAUUGGAGCUACGAGAGCCAUCGAAGUAAGGGGCCUAGCUUCUUUAUGAAACAAGAUACACCAACAUGCUGAUUGGCUUUGGUCAUUUCUUUAUGUGGACAUUGGUUCCUUUGGUUGCUCUGAUAGCUGGAAACAGGGCUGGGUAAAGCCAAGAUUACCCCAUAUCCCUUUGUUGAAAAGCUCAUGAUUUAACAAAAAGAAGCAUAUUUUCUUUGGAACCACAGUGCAGAGAUGUCAACUGUUCCUCUUUCGUAGUAUUAAAAAAUACUGAAAGUUUUAUAAAAAAAUACGAUUUUUCACAAGUUGCAAUUAUGCACAGGUCAAUUGGAAAAAGAUGAAAAUACUCUUAUUUCAUGCUCGAAAUACUGCAAUUAUUUUUACUGGGUCGGUAUCUUUGACAAUGGAUUAUGAUAUCUACAUUGCAGUAAUACAUACAUCAACUGAUUCCAUUACAUUUAUAAAACUUCAUUUUGUCUUUGAAUCACAAUCACAAUUUUUUUUUUUUUAACCUUUAGUAAAAUUGUUAGUUUUAUCAUAUCAGAAAUGUAUGAAUCACUUUUAGUAGGAAGUGUAUAAUGGAAAUGCAAUAAGCUAAGAAAGCAAUCCCAAUUUCAAAUCCUCCAAACUUUGUGGAUUUGCUUAUAUUUUAAAUGUAGGAAUCAUGUAGUUAACUUGAGAUUUGAUAAACAGGGUGAAAUAUAGCAUCAAUUAGAUUUUAAGAUUGAUUUUAUUUCAUAUUUCUUUCUUCUGAUUGAUUGGUAUUGAUUCAUAGUGAAUCUAAUUCUGGAGUAUGAACAGGGUUAACCUUGGCCUAGUUCACACUUGUUACAAUCUUCCUAAAAGAAAUGACCUGUCAUUGCAAUAUGUAUAUCACUGCUCUCAUGGGUAAAAUUGUACAAGCUCCCAGAAUGAUUAAAUGGAAUACAGUUUAUUUGUUCUCAUUGUAAAUAUAUAUUUGAUAAAAAGAAUCAAAUAUUUAUGAUAAUAUGUGUUGAGUACUUCAAAGAUAGUUUACUUUACAUUGUAUACAGGUUGAAAUUAUUUUAAAGAAAUAUGGACUAUGGUUGAAGAAAUUGCUAGUGGAUAAUUAGUUUAUUCUGUGUAUAGUUGUUUUCUUAUUUCUUUGCAUGAAUUGGAAUUUAGUAAAUUGUGAUGUUUUGGUGUGCACUAGGGCAAUACAGCCUUGUAACUUAAUAUUUUGUGAAAUUGAAUUUGUACAAGCCCUGGCUUAGACCUAGAUUUCUCAUGUGCCAAAUGGCAAACUAAGAUAAUCAUCAUCCGAAUGGAGUUAGCUAUCUUAGAUUGCAUUGUCUCUGCCAUAUUAUUGGAGUUAGCUAUUGCAUUGUCUCUGCUAUAGCUCUUGUGAAAUAGGGAUUGAGCAAACUAUCUUGGAGGAGGUGCAAUAUCUUACAAAUCUUCAACGUUUUCACAAGUUGAAAGUUUACCCCCCACCCAAAAAAAAAAAAUGCAGAAAGAGUUAUCUGUGCAUUGAAUCAACUAAUUAUUUGCAAAUCGAAGGUAAUUCAUUUUUCUGACUGAAAUAUCAGAAUGUGUAUACUCAAAAAGUUGCAAGAAAUGUCUCUGCAAGAGACAUUCAGCUCAAAAAUCAAUUGUGAUUUUGAAAUUGAGCUUUACAUUAAAAUGGGGUUCAUGUGGGAGUUGUUUUUCUUUGUUUUUAUUCAAUGUACAAUUCCAGCAGUUUGCUUGAAUUUUGAAAAAAAACUACUUCCUUUUGUAUUAUUAUGUUUUUUACUUCCUUUUGUAUUAUUUGUACCUAAGAUUUUGAUGUAGUAAAGUCUAAUUAGGCAUUGCAAGAAACAUUUGUUUCAUUUCCAAACCAAGUGUUAGUCCUAAAUCAUGCAGAAGUUCUUUACUUACCGUAAACACAAAUCUGUUUUUGAUUUGUGUUCUAUCGCAAUUUUGAGAUUUAUACAACUCUCCCUUGAUUUGUAAAUAAGUGUAAGUUUCUUUCAAUGCCUCAUUACUAUUAUUGCAGUACUAGGAAUAUUGUUUCAUGCUGAUCAUAUUCUACUUCUUUGAGAAUUAUCAGAUUACACCAUAUUUAUUACAAGUGGAAUGUUAAUAUUUACCAAUCAGCAUUAGGGAAAUGGGUCACGUGUCAAGGUGCCAUUAAUAGAGAGACACAGUUUAAGGAAAUGAAGACAUUUUGAAGGAAUUUGAUGCAGCCACCUGUAAAUCGACUGGCCAUAAUGGUGAUGGUCAUGUGAGAUCCAAGUAGAUGGAGUGCAAAGUCUGCCAAUCCAGCUUUGAAGUAAAAGACUUUGUGAAUAUAACAAGACUCUUCAUACGUCCCUUCAGAUUUCUGAGCUCUUAUACACAGGUUGUUGUCAUUAGGGUCAGUUCUUCUUGCCUCUAUGUAUGUACUCUUUCCACUCCCUGGGGAGUAAAACCCUCUCAUUCUUUGUAAAGUUGAGCAUGAUUGGUUCAUCCCGGAUGGACAUUUAGGCCUGAAUUCACAAAGUUGUUUUGAAAACCAUCGGAAGAACUCAUUGUUUAUGAAGAUUUCCUGAAUAAAUUACGCUUAUUUACUGCAUAUAUUAAAAAAGUGUCAAAUUUGACGCCUAUUGCCAUAAUUAAGUAUGCUAUUUCAUUCAUGAGUCCACUGUUUAAAGAGUGGACUUAUUAAUGAAAUAGCAUACUCAACCAUGGCAACAGGCGCAGUAUGAUUGAAAAAGCGUGCAUCAGCUUUGGACAUUCUUUCAAUAUAUGCAGUAAUUAGGCUUAAUUUAUACAGGAAUUCUGCAUAAAUCAUGGAUGGUUCUCAAAACCACCUUUGUGAAUUCGGGCCAUUGAAUCCAAUGAAAUUACAAGCACUUAUAAUAGAUGCACAUUAAUCUUAUAAACAACUCCGUUUUUGUUUUAUGUUUUGAUAUUUGAGCACAACGAUUUUUUACAGAAUGUUUGUUUUAUAUUUAUACUUGAUUAUUCCAUCAGAUGGAAGAACAUUCAUAUUACAUGUAGUUGUACAGUAUUUAGCAAGAACUAAGUUCUUUGAUAUUGGUUUUAUUUUUAAUUCAUUAUAUCAUAUCACAGCUAUACAUUUGUAGUUAACAUUUUAUCAUCAUUAUGUGCUAAAUGUGGUCUAAACUAGUCAACCAUUUAAUAUAAUACUAUUGAUAAAACUUCAUAGUUUAUGUAAAUAUAGGAAGAUGAAAUCUACUCAGUAGCCUUAUGUUUUCAUUUGGUAAUUUGAAAUGAAAGUGAAUAUAUUUUGUCAAAAUAUCUUAAGUCAGUGCAACAGUCAGAACUGUAGAAAAUAAAAACUUGGAGAACAGCAAACAUGUACUGCACAUGUGCAAAACAAAACAACACUGCCAUAAGUGCAAAGCAAUAUUUUUGCCAAAUAAUCAUCACAUUAGUUGUGCCACAAAUCUAAAGAUCGUUUUUAUUAUGUCUCAUCAAUGGUACUUUAAUUGCAUGUAUCCUAAUGAUUUAUUCAAUCUUUUGUUGUUAGUAUUGUGAUUAAUAGUGAUGCCAAAGUAAACUUUAUUAGCCACCUUGCAUUUAAUUACCUCAAGUCAAUUGUCUACUAUGGAAAUGACUUUAUGCAUUGCUAAUUGUUGAGUAAGGUCGACAUCUAACUUAUACUUGUUUAAUAAAAUAAUGGAAAUUCAAGCAUUAUGUUAAAGAAACAGAACUUUGUAAUUUAGAAGACAUAUUCUUUGCGUUAAAACUUUAAAGUGCAGAUGUGGAGCUUUUAAGACAUGCAUUUUAUUUGAAACUUGGAUAUCUCCCAAUUUUUUUUUAUCCUUUAUUCAAUUUUUGUUAUUGUAAUCAUAAUGAUAUGGAAAAUUUAUAUAGUGUUGAAUGUUUGUAAGCGUUGCAUACUAUAUCCUUGAAGAGCAACCCUCAUUGGAUGAAUUCCUUUCUACUGGUCACCCAUUUACUACACCUGGGUGGGGAGUGGCAAAUGUAGAUAAACACCUUGCUCAAGGAUGUGAGUGCUGCAGUGGGAUUUGAACACUGGUCCUUGUGGUUAAGUCUGGGGACUUAUCUCCUGAGCCACAACACUUCUAUUCACUCAUUCAUGUAUGUAUCAUAUAACUUACACAGAAUGAAAAUACAAUCUCAACAACAACUUUUGUAAAUUGUAUCUGUGAUUAUCACCCGUGUCAGACAUCUGAGCUGGUCAUUUACAAAACCGUAUUUCCCUGUAUUUUAUUAUUAUCAGGAAGGGAUAGGUAUAUUGUUUGUAUUUUCCUCGGUCUCAAUGCGCGCAUUGACUUUGCAUGCAGAGACGAUGCAAAAUAUACCUUUGUAUUUUCCCUGGUCUCACAUCCGGGCCUUUGAGGAUGCGAAUGAAGUGAUACGCUUCAUAAUGUUCCGCGCACCAACGAUCUACGUCAUAAUAAAGACAACGCUGGAUCUGGGCGCUUGCAAGUAUGUCAUAAUGGUAAAGUGCAGAGCCUAGACACUGAUAUUAUCAUGACACAACAGAACUCUAUUCUUAAAAGAUAUCACUGUUAUGAUUUUUGCUCUAGAUAUCUGAUUUGGAUGAUAAUAAAAAUAUUGACUGCCCUUCUUUUGGGGAACAUCAAAUAUAUUGCCCUUAAAAGACCCAUAUUGCCCUCGUCUAAAGACUCGGGCCAAUAUGAUUCUUUUGCUGGCAAUAUAUUUGAUGUUCCCCUCAAGACCAGUCAAUAUUAUAUAAUUAAAUCAUGAUAAAGCAUUAUUAAAUCUCAAGGGUGUUUUGUGGGAUUCGCAGUAUAUUUAAGCUUUAAAUAACCUGUUAUGCAAUUACAUUACAAGGCACAUGCAAAAUCAUAUUUCAUUGAAUUGCUAUGUACGUUUAUAGAAAAUCAUUUUUGAAUACAUAUGUAAAUUAUUGAUAUGAUACCAAAUGUUAAGCGCAGUAGAGAAUAUUAAUGUUAAAUAGUAGCUGCGCUAUAUAAAUGGUCCAUGAUAUCAUAAUCCGAUGUAUUCAAGCAUAGCUUGUGAAUUUGUUGAUUUAUUUCUUUUAUGACUGAAAGAAAAGAAAGCUAAUGGAAAUGAUUUUAUCCACAUUUUAUGUAGCUGUUUGAGAUUAUCUAUGUAAAGUUGAAAUAUUGAUGUAUUUAUUGUAUAUGUUGUUAUUGUGGGGUUAAGUGAAGUCAGUGCUAUGCAGUGUUGUGUACAGCUAGCAGGAUGGUUUGAAAUGAGAUACAUGUAGCUUCCAAAGCAUUUUCACCAGUUUGUAUGCUAUGUAAUCUAUGAUUUUGUGUGUCUAUCUUACUUCAUCUUGAAUUCUGUCUUGAGAUUUCAUGCUUUGUACACUAUUGUUACAGUUGUCAGUCACAGUUGAUGAUCAGCCUCAAUAUCAAAUUCUGAAAUGAAUUACUUAGCUGAAAUUAUUUUUAAAUGAUUGAUAGAUUAGUAUUUAAAAUUGAUAUGAUUGUGCAUGCAUUGCAAAUAAACACCUCAUCUAUAAUA